AGUGGCGGGGUAAGCGCUGUGGUUUGACGCUGUCACCGCCGCUCUCACGAUGAGCCGUACCGGGGGGAUCCUCGGCUGCGGCCGGCGUCUUUCUGCGCUCGGGAUCUUGCCGAUCAAGGGUCCUCUAGCUGGUAUCAAGCGGCUUCUUUCCACAGCCGAGUUCAGACCUAGAAUAUGUAUUGUAGGCAGUGGACCAGCUGGAUUCUACACAGCACAACAUCUCCUGAAGCAUCACAAACAGACUCAGGUGGAUAUUUAUGAGAAGUUGCCAGUUCCGUUUGGCUUGGUUCGUUUUGGAGUGGCUCCUGAUCACCCAGAAGUCAAGAACGUGAUCAACACAUUUAUCCAGACAGCCCACUCUGACCGCUGCUCCUUUUCUGGGAAUGUGACUGUGGGGAAGGAUGUAACUGUGGAGGAGCUGCAGGCGGCCUAUCAUGCAGUGGUCUUGUGUUAUGGCGCUGAGGACAACAGGACGCUUGGAAUUCCUGGGGAGGACCUUGAAGGCGUCUACACAGCGAGAACAUUUGUAGGAUGGUACAAUGGCUUACCGGAGAACAGAAAUCUGAAGCCAGACUUGAACAGUGAGACAGCAGUCAUCCUAGGUCAUGGGAAUGUGGCGCUGGACAUUGCACGGAUUCUCCUAUCGCCUCUUGAAAUUCUUCGGAAAACUGACAUCACUGAAGAGUCCUUCUCAGCCUUGGCCAGCAGUAAAGUCAGACGGGUGUAUCUUAUUGGCAGAAGGGGUCCCCUCCAGGUGGCUUUCACCAUAAAGGAGCUGCGGGAAAUGAUCAACCUACUCAGCGUUAGACCUUUCCUGGAUCCUGCAGAUUUCAGAGAUCUUGGCGAUGCCAUUAAAGACAUCCCAAGACCAAGGAAACGCCUGACUGAGUUGAUGACCAAAACAGCUCUGGAAGAACCACCUGAGGAAGUGGGUGGCCGCUGGGCUUCAGCAUCCAAAGAGUGGAGAUUGAAGUUUCUGCGCAGUCCACUGGAAGUGUUACCUACCAUGGAUGGAAAGAGAGCAAGAGCGAUCCAGUUAGCUGUCAACAGGUUGGAAGGGGCAGGAGAUUCUGUGAAAGCAGUUCCCACUGGAGAAAUCGAGGAACUAAGGUCUGGCCUGAUUUUUAGCAGCAUUGGAUACAAAAGCCUCCCAAUAGAUCCUGCAGUACCCUUUGACAGCAAGCGAGGUCUCAUUCCCAACAAUUCAGGCAGAGUUCUUGGGGCACCAGGGCUCUAUUGCAGUGGCUGGGUAAAGAGGGGACCCACAGGUGUAAUCAUCACAACUAUGAAUGACAGCUUUGACACAGCCCAGUCUGUGCUGGAAGACCUGCAGUCUGGUGCCUUGCAGCUCUCCAGUGCCAAGGAAGGCUUUGAUUUAGUGAGCCAGAUCCUUCAAUCCCGAGGGGUCCACCCUGUUUCCUUUUCGGAUUGGGAGAAGAUUGAUGCUGUUGAAGUGACACGAGGCAAAUUGGCCGGAAAGACUCGGGAGAAAAUAGUCGAUCAGGAGGAAAUGCUAGAAUUGAUUGGACAAUGAGACUGGACUUGCCCAAGAUUAUUAACACAAUGCUCCUGCACAAUUCAAAGGUUGCAACAGAUUGUGCAGUUCCCUUUCAUUGCUCUACAGAUAUACCACUAACAAUAUCUGAUGGUUUUGAAUGUCUACAUUGGUUGGGGAUACCAAAAGCUUGUUGCUGUCCCAAGCGAUGGAUUUCAUCUAUAGUCUGGUGCAUCCAUUGUGUUUUUUGAACUGGGGAGCUCUCCGUUACUUUGAAGAUGCUCUAGGCAGCUCUCAUACAGGAGCAGUUCUCUCUUUAGCUUGAUCCCUGUAGAAAAGCGGAGGAGGAGCAGAUAAAGUCUUUCGAGGUUUCAUUUUCAGGGAUUUAUCAACUGGUGUAAGUGCAGAUGCCUUUGCAAAGAUUUGAGAUUUGUUUUGUAGGCUAGAAUGGGGAUUGAGAGUGGUGGUCCUGUUUUGUUUUAUUCCGAUCUCAACUCCACAUAUACAAACCAGUUGAAGAAACUUCUAGACAUGAUUUCCACCACAAUUCCUCUUGUCACUGCAUUUCUACUGGACUUUUGUCAUUAGAUCUGAUGCCAGGACAGCCUUCUUAGAAGAGUCACAAUUAAAUUCAUACAACAUUCCACACAAGUUUGUCAGCCUUACAAACGCUUGAAGUAAAUUAAAUAAAUGAAUACAAUUUGUAGGUUGCUUUGAACAUUCUGGAUGUAAAGGUAAAAAUCAGUGUUACUCUAGAGCCGUGAUGGCGAACCUAUGGCACGCAUGCCACAGGUGGCACACAUAGCCAUAUCAGUGGGCAUGUGAGCUUAGCUCUGCUGAUUUUCAGGCCUUCUGGGCCCACCAGAAGUAGGGAAACAGGCUCUGCUGCCUCCAGAGGGCCUCAGGAGGUGGUGGGGAAGGCCCAUUUUUUGCUGUCCCCAGCCUCCAGAGCCUCUCUAGGAGUCUGCAGAGGGCGAAAACAGCCUUCCCUAACCCCCCAGAGAUCCUCCGGAGGCUGGAAAUGGCCCAUUUGCCAACAGGAAGUUGGCAAACGAGCCAUUUCGACCUCUGUAGGACUUCCGGGGGUGGGUGGGCGAGGAAGGCCGUUUUCGCCCUCCCCAGAUUCCUAGAAAGGCUCUGGACGCAGGUAAGAGAGAAAUACGGGGCUACCGGGCCAUCACGUGCCAGGAGAGGGGGGAGGGGGCAUCACGCACGCAUGCGCAGGGGCGGACCACAUAAAAUUAUGGGUGUGGGCACACACACGUGUGACCCCCCUCCCCCCCAGCACGCAAUGGCAAAAAUGUUAGCCAUCACUGCUCUAGAGGAAAGGGGAAGAUAAAUUUGGACUUAGUAAUCAUGAGGAUUAAGUCAGAGAGGAAAGGCAAUAUCAGUCACUUUUCUUAUUAGCUCGGGAAUUCUUUCCUGCUCAAAUCCUGACUUUGCUGUCCAAUUGUGUAUUGUAUAAUCAUUUUUAAAAAUAAAGCUCUUUCUCAAAUGGUGAACCUGGGUCAGCAGUCUAGACUUCAGUUUGAUGCCAAUCAUAAAUCUUUUAGUCACAACAUAUGCUGUUUAUUCUACUGCUCUUGCAAUUUAAGGAGAAAGAAAAUGCAGAGCUGGGCUUCACACAGUUGACUGAUUCUUGCCAGAUUCCUGUGCACACUAAUUUUUGAUAAGUGCUGGGAAAUCAAAGGAAAUAGCUUCUUUUUUCUAGAAAUUCAAACUGAAGUUGGGUUACUGUUAACAGAUAAAGUAGCAUACAUGUGUAUGUAAUAAGCUCACUCCUAAGGAAUAGCAUGAGAGAAAAUUCAAUGAACUAUAACAGUCCAUUCCACUACUGCAAAUAUGAAUGUAAAAGUUGUAAAAGUUUUGGAAUGUAACUGAAGAGAGUGUGAUUUCACAUCUUUCCCCACUUCUUCUUUGUCUAAAAAUGGUUCCACAUCAAGAAGCAACCAUUUCCAUCCAUUCUAGUUCAGCUACUUCUAAAUUGCAGCAAUUAAGACAUGGCAGGAUAUUUUUUUAUUUAUUCAUAUUGGAAAUUCAAUUUGAAGCUUGAGUUUAAUCCUCAUGCUGGAAGCAGUAUCGAAGAGCAGAAAGGCAGUCUUUUGGGCCUCCAACCUUGCACAUUUGAGAUAGUUGAAUAUUAUAUAUAUAUAUCUACUCAAUGGACUUAAAACCUUUGAACUGUCCUUAUAUUACUAGUUGGGGCCCUCUGGCCAUCCCGAAAACCUGGGUGCCCUCUCCUUCCAAGAUGAAAUUCCUAUGGUCCAUCAACUUUCUUGUUCUGAAUGUUCAUUAGGUGGCGCCAUGAGGCCACACUAUUACUUACAGCCAGCAAGAAAGUUAGACGGCUUCUAAAAAGUUUGUGGGAAUUUCUGAAGUUUACUUAAAAGUCUGCCUUCCUGCAACCUGAUGUCCUCCAGAUGUCUUGGACUUCUAACUUCUAUAAUCUCUUGUUAGUAUGAUUUUUGGAACCAGGAAGGCACAAGUUUGGAGGCUGAUUGACCCACUAUAGAGUCUUGAAAAAUCCAGCCUGGCUGUUAAGGGCAACGUUUGGUCUUCAAGCUGCUUUCUGAUUAUAGUUCCUGAUACUGGAAUGAGGAUUCUGCUUUCCUUAUCUAUUGCCAUAUUGAUGGUGCUUCUAGCUUCCUGAAGUGUACCAAAUUGAAAAAACAGAGGUAAGGAAGAUGAGCAAGGGUCUUGAGGGAUUAAUGUUGGACAUUUCUCCAUUUGAAAUUUACAGCGGAACUGAUGACCUCCAUCUUCCUCCUGGGUUAUAUUUAUUUAUUUAUUGGUUCGAUUUAUAUGCCGCCCUUGUCCGGAGACUCAGGGUGGCUUACAAUGGGUUAAGCAAUAGCCUUCAUACUUUUGUAUACCUGCUUAGUAGGGCUUUCAUCCCCCCCUAAGCGGUGUUCUUUUUUAUACAAAGUCAGUUUAUUGCCCCCACAAACCGGGUCCUCAUUUUACUUACCUCGAAAGGAUGGAAGGCUAAGUCAACCUUGAGCCUGGUGAGAUUUGAACUUGCAGUAAUUGCAGGCAGCUGGUGUUACUUAACAGUGCUUUAGUCUGCUGCGCCACCAAGGCUCUUGACUCUCAUUUCAUUCUCUUCUUCUUAAACAAUCUUAAGUCACCAUUUUGUGUACUGAAAUAUAAAUAGCCUCUCCCUCCUCAAUUUUACAUUGUUCCCUGCACACUUCAA